CAAUCAAAAGGCAGUGCAGUGGCCAGGGCUAUCCCCACACCUCCGCUGCACCACCAGCCCCCCCAUGGCCACCACAAGGGGCAUUUAGGAUUUUUUUUCUACAGCUGCAGGGAUAAUACACACAGAACUGGCGUCCCAGCUGACAUCCCCCUGUCCCUGUCAUUGAUGGGAAAUCAACUGGAUCGCAUCACCCACCUGAAUUACAGCGAGCUGCCGACAGGGGACCCCUCCGGGAUUGAGAAGGAAGAGCUGCGGGUCGGGGUGGCUUACUUCUUCUCGGAUGAAGAUGAGGAUCUGGACGAUAGAGGGCAGUCAGAGCGCUACACAGUGAGGGACUCCAGCCCCAGCGAAGGAGAGGGGCAUCUACUACUCAACGAAAUCGAGUUCUCCGCCUAUAGCUGCCAGGAAUGCAUCUUCUCCAAGCUCAGAGGCAGCCAGGACCUCAGUGUUUACCCCGUCCAGGGCUUGCUAGCCUUCUGCAAACCAGGAGACCUCCUGGAGCUGCUCUUCAUUUGCCCAGCAACGGACCACCCUCCACCCCCAUCAUCCCCACACUGGGCAGUUUAUGUUGGACAGGGACAGAUCAUCCACUUACACCGAGGGGAAAUCCGCAAAGACGACGUAUUUGAGGUUGGGGGAGGGUGCAUGGGCAGGGUGGUGAGUAACUGGUACCGGUACAGGCCACUCAAUGCUGAGCUGGUCCUCCAGAACGCAUGUGGACAUCUUGGCUUGAGAACUGAUGAGAUUUGCUGGACUAACUCUGAGAGCUUUGCAGCCUGGUGCAGGUUUGGCAAUAGGGAAUUUAAAGCUGGUGGAGAAGUCCACACUGGGAACCUGCAAUACUUCCUGAAGCUCCAUCUAGAGGAGAACAACAUCCACACUCUGAGGUUUCACAGUCUGGAGGACCUUAUAAGAGAGAAACGAAGAGUGGACGCUGGUGGCAAACUGAGAGUCCUCAAGGAGCUCUCCAUGGUAGAGGAGAAACAGUAAGAACAUGGACCUUUCCUUUUUUUUUCUUUUGCCAAACUGCACCUUAAGACUCAUUAUUAAGGAUCAUGUCAACAUUCCAGGAACCAGCAUUGCACCAUAGCCACUGUCUGAUUUGGCUUUAUAACACAUGGUAUCACCAGAGUAUCAAAAAAACCCACAAAAAAAAGCAACAACAAUUUCUGAGUAUGUUGGCUGUUGUGUUGAUGUCUAUAUUGAGCAUUUAGCAACAUGCUAAAUAAAAUUUCAAAUUGAAAUUUGUAUUUUCAUGGCUUUACUCCAUGAUUGUUUAACCACAGAGGCCAAUAAAUUGGAUUUCUUUAUUUGCUUA